AUUAGUGACGUGGGGUGUACCACUCUACCCAUCAUUAGUUGGCACGUCGUGUUGAUUUGAUUUGAUUUGUAUUUUAUACAUAUACAAUGAAUCGAAGACUCAGAAUUCAGGACUCCAUCGGCGAAAAUGGAUCACAUUGACGGAGACGCCACGACUCCUUCAACAAUACAACACAAGGUAUACGCUCGGGUCGGCCUUCUCGGUAACCCCAGCGACGUCUACUACGGCCGCACCAUCUCCUUCAGCCUCGCCAACUUCUACGCCACCGUCAACCUCCAGGCCUCCGAUCACCUCCUCAUCAAACCCCACCCCACUCACGACCUCGUUCAAUUCACAUCCCUCGAUCACCUCGUUGGUCGCUUGCGAAAUGAAGGCUACUAUGGAGGAGCACGGCUGCUUAUGUCGAUCUGUAAGGUGUUCUACGGUUAUUGCAGAGAUAAUAACAUCAAUCUUCACAAACGAAACUUCACGCUCUCUUACGAUACCAAUAUUCCUCGCCAGACAGGAUUAUCGGGAUCUAGUGCUAUUGUGACGGCUGCCUUGAACUGCCUUCUUGAUUUCUACAAAGUGAGGCAUCUAAUCAAAGUAGAAAUCAGGCCUACCCUUGUACUUAGUGCGGAGAAUGAACUUGGAAUUGUUGCUGGUCUUCAAGACCGGGUAGCCCAGGUGUAUGGUGGUCUUGUGUAUAUGGAUUUCAGCAAAGACCAUAUGGAGAAGCUGGGACAUGGAAUUUAUACUCCCAUGGAUAUUAGUCUUCUUCCACCUCUCCAUCUCAUCUAUGCCGAGAAUCCAAGUGACUCUGGCAAGGUACAUAGUUCAGUCAGGCAAAGGUGGCUUGAUGGAGACAAGUUUAUAAUAUCAUCAAUGGAAGAAGUUGGAAGUUUAGCUGCAGAAGGACGGACCGCAUUGCUGGAAAAGAACUAUUCCAAACUUCUAGAUCUCAUGAAUCGUAAUUUUGACCUACGGAGGAGCAUGUUCGGAGAUGAUGUGCUGGGCACUCUAAACCUAGAAAUGGUGGAGGUGGCCAGACGGGUCGGUGCUGCUUCAAAAUUCACAGGUAGUGGAGGCGCUGUAGUGGUAUUCUGCCCCAGUGGGCCAUCACAAGUUAAGCUUCUGGAGGAAGAGUGCCAGAAAGCUGGGUUUGUCAUUCAACAAGUGAAAAUUGCUCAUUCCUAUUUAAAGGAUGAUGAUUACAAAACUGUCAAAGUAGGCCACGACAAGUGAAAAACCUGUUUUUGCCUUAAAUUAAUUAUUUGAUUCAAUUCAUUAUUGAUUUUAUUUUUUAA